GCGCAUCUACAUGGAGAUUUGGUGGAGGCAGAUGAGUAUUUGGGCGAUGUGAGAGACGUUUUAUCGCCAAUGGACGCUGUCAUCGUGCAUUUCGGUGUUUUAUCAAAUUAAAAUGAUAUCAUCUGGGCAGGGUCGUGUAGUGUAGUGUGAAAAAAAUGCAGAAAUCCCUGAGGGUGUGAAAUUAGCACGAUUUGCAUGUGUUUAGUGGAACAAAAAUUGUGGCUUUUGGGUGGUUUUUGCACGAGAAGAAAGAACUGCGCGAGUGUGACACAAAAACUUCAUUUUCUGGCCCCUGAGAAUCUUCUGAACUUUCGACAUUUCCAGCACAUUUCUGGCCACAUCCUGCAUCCCCAAAGUAUGGAUAGCUCGGCAACACGAAGCAGCGUGAGUGCAAUAGUUGAACACGAAUAUACAGCGAUGCAGCCAGAUGAAUUGAGUCUGGUUAAAGGUGCCAUCAUACAGAAUAUUAAAGUACAACCUGGUGGCUGGUGGGAAGGGACUUUGGCGUCUUCUGGGAAAACUGGAAUGUUUCCGGACAAUUUUGUGCGUGUUCUGGAGCCAGAUGAUAAGAAUCCAGUUGUAUUGAGGGAUAAAUCUGCAACAUCAAAUAGACGAUGUAAAGUGGUUUACAGCUAUACUCAGAACAACAAUGAUGAACUUUCGCUUGCGGUUGGUGAUGUCAUUGAGGUUCUCGGCGAGGUUGAGGAAGGAUGGUGGCGUGGUAAAUUGAAUAAUCGUGUCGGUGUCUUCCCAUCAAAUUUCGUCCUGAGCAUCGAUGAUGUUUCCCCCGUGUCGGCAAAUAGGAUUUCCACAAAUAUCUCAGGCAAUCGUACGAAAACUAGUCUCAAUAGUUCACGGGAAGAUUUAGUAUCGGCCGGCGUGAAUAAUUCCAUAGCACAAGUGGAUAAGGAUGCACCGAGUUUACCCCCAAAGCCAGUACGUGAAACCUGCAAGGUUCUCUAUCCCUAUGAGCCAAUGAAUGAGGAUGAAUUGGAGCUGCUUGAGGGUGAUAUAAUCACGAUAUUGAGUAAAGAUUUACCAGACAAGGGUUGGUGGAAGGGGGAACUACGUGGGAAAAUGGGAGUCUUCCCGGAUAAUUUUGUCUCUCUCCUCCCGCCUGAAGCAUCACCAUCAAAAGAAAACCCAAAUAAGCCCGAUCGUCCACCUCCGGCAUCAAAGAUGAUCAUUCAGAAGACAACAAAUAGUAAUUCCACAAAUUCCACACGAAAAGACAGUUUUGGCUCGAAGGAUUCCCUCAAUGAGACGGGAAUUGUUUCUGGAAUUGUCACGGGGAAUGUGGCGGCACACCGGAAGUCACUUGAGAGUAAAUCAGUGGAUCCAAUUGCGGAGAAACCGCCACGAAAGAGCUUUGAGACAAAAAGCUCCGGGGAUAUCCGGAAGAGUUUGGAGAAUUUGGACGAGAAGAAGGCUACACCGCCUCCGGUGUUGUCCAAGAAGCCCAGUGUGCCAAUUAAGAAGUCCCCAACCAUUGGGAGUGUGACGGGGAAUUUGUUUUCGGGGCUGAAGCAGAAGGUGAAGCCGGCGGCGACUGAGAGUAAGGUGACGAACCUCGAUAAUCCCGAUGGGGGUGCUACGAGUAAAAUGGGGAGCCCACAGGUGGCGGAUAACAGUGAGAAGGGUGUUGUGGGUGAGAGAAUUUCACGGAGUUUCGGGGAGUCGGACUUUGAUCAGGUUGAACGAUCGAGUGGUGUGCUCAAGGAUAUGCGAGCGAAUCGUGCAAAAUUACCCAAAGGCCGAAGACCUCCGUCGUCUGCUCUGAAUUCCAGCGGUGAGAGUAGCCUUCUCAAUGGGAGCAGUGGGAGUAUUGAUGAGCACAACAAUAGCAAGGAUACGUCCCAGAGUGAGGAUGAGCUUGUGAAGCCGAAGGCACGGGAAUGGGAGAAGAAUCGUGCCCCGUGGAUGGCGGAACUCAAAGCCAAUCAGGCAAAGAAGACAUCACCAAGUUUCGAUACAACCAAAUCCCCAGAAGCCCCCCAAACCCGCACAACAACUGAGAGUGUCGUUGCGACUGUCAGUACGGACAAUCAUCACAUGGAGAAGUCAGACAUGUCCAAAUCCUUCAGUAGCUCCUUUAUGUCCUCCAGUCAGAGCACCAGCAGCAGUCAAAGGAAGACCAAUGAAACCUUUGAAGUGCGAUCAAAUAGUGUGGACGUUAAAAGCUCAAGCGCGUCAUUUGAUGUGACAAAGAAGGAGUCUUCAGAUGCUAUGACCAAGUCCGUGUCGGCAAUGUCAACAAAGAUCUCCAUUUCGGACAGCACAGCACAACACACAGCCGUCGCGGAGGAAGUUAUCCCAAAGCCACGACCAGUGAGUGUCGGUGUUAAUUUACGGAAUCGCAGCAAUUCCCCAAUGAGGCAAAUCAGUGCAGGACGUCCACCAAGUGUGGGCGGUGAGACGGCUCUCAAUGCCAUCAUUAGCCAAGGGCAUGAGGGGCAGCAGCAAUCAGAGGGGAAGGUGCACGAAUUGGAGCAACGUGUGGCGAAACUCGAGAGGAUUGUUCAGAGCCAGGGGAGUGCUAUUGAGGACCUCGUACGACGUCUUCGCGAUGAAACAGACAAAGUGCGAACGUUGAAGGCUGAGCUGGAAAAGUACGCGCAAUGUGUGACGCAGAUUCACUAUUUUAUGAAUCAGCAAAUGAUGGAUCCUUUUAAAAUUAUAUACAUACAUUAUACAUUGAAAAAAAAAAAAAUAAAAAUUAAAAAUUGAAAAAAUAAUUAUAAAAGUGUCAAGAACGAAAGUUUUUUUUUGUAAUGCAAACGAGAUAAAUUAUUUCAACGUAAAAAAAAGCUGUAAAAUAUUAUUGCGCAAUAUACAAAGAAUAUAAAUAUAUAUAUUUUUUAUAUGCUUAAAGAGUGAGAAUUUUUGUGAGAUUUUUUUGUAUGUAAAUUCAUAAAAUGUGCAAUUAAUGAAAAACAAAAAAAAAUAUUGCACAUUCAGCAAAGAAAAAAUAUUGAAAAAAUGCUGUAAAAAAUGGCACAAAUUGUGUAGAAGAAUCACGCGCUUUUUUGUGUAGAUAAAAGGGAUAAAUAUUAAAUAGAAUUUGGAUAUUUUCCACCAAGUAGGGUUAGAGGAAAUAUCCUAAAUCACGAACAUGUUUGCAUUUUAUCGCAAAAGUUUAUUUUUGUGAGAAAAUUCUGCAUACAGAUUCAAAUGGCUUUAGGCAGAAAUCUUGAGCUGUUUUAGAUAGAGUAGUAAACAAGAAGAAAAUCAAUGUUCGGGAAAAAGCUUUAUCUCCACACACACAGACACGCUUCAAGAAUGCAAACAUGCGGACUUUCCAAAUACAACAUUUUGUAUAAAAUUUAUGGAGAGAAAAGUGCUUGAAGAUGGAAGAAUAUGAUAGAAAUCACUUUAGAACGACGAUAUCAAUUUUUUGAAUAGUAAAAUGCUUGUGCUUCCUUCACAGAAAUAUUCAGUUGCUAUUACAAUAUUUUAUACAGAAAAAGAAAUAUUUUUGCAUAGUGAUCCCAACAUAAGAUAAACAUCAUUUUGAGAAAGAGAGAAAAGAAAAUUUUAUCGAGUAAUAGAAUUAAAAAAAAAAUAAAUAAAAAUUAUACACCAUGGAAAGAAGAAAAGAUAUAUAUUUAUUUUGCUAUUUAUUAAGGAAUUUUACAACAUUCGAAAAGGAAAUAUUUUUUAAAAAAAGAAAAUUUGCAUUUGUACAUAGAAAUUAUUAUUAAAGUAAAAGAGAAAAAUUAAAAAAGUAUAUUUAACAGUAAAAUGAAGAAUUUGUGAGAAGGAGAAAAAAUUUUGAGAGAUUAAAAAUUGCCAGGCCUUUAUGCAUUUCAUUUUUAAAAGAAAUAU